CUGUCAGUCAGUGACGCGAGAGGAGCACGUGUGUCGCUUCAUGGCUGGGAAGACGCUGCACGGUGGUUAUCUGGCUGUGGGCUAGCAGAGCUAGAAACACAGACGCUCUCCUCGGGUUGAUCAAGGGAGUGAAUGAAUGAAUGUGUGUGAAUCUGUGAGUGAGUGUGAGUGUGUGUGUGUGUGUGCGCACAUGGUUGGGUUGGGGUCUGUGCACAUGUAGAUUCCGCAUGGGCUGCAACCGGACCUGCUGGUGAAUAAUGCAGACAGGGACGCGGCGUUUGGAUAGCAUGCAGGGAGCCAGAUUAACAAUGCGUGCUGCCGGCUUGCGAGCGCUGCAUUAGUUUUGCAGGAACCUGUAGCUGGCUGCUGGACCGCUGGCUUCCCGCCCACCUUCCUUCCGUUUUUACCUGACUGAAGAACUGUCUGACUUUUCAGAAAAUGUCUCACUACCAUUUCAUCAAAUGCUGUUGUUUCCAGCUAUGUAAUGUCUUUCGUCAAAACAUGGAGAUAGACCAGUGUCUGCUGGAGUCCCUCCCCAUCGGCCAGCGCCAGCGGCUGGUCAGGAGGAUGCGCUGUGACCAAAUAAGGGCGUACUACGAGAGGGAAAAGAGCCUUCAGCGCCAGCAGGACGGGAACAUGGUUCCAGCGGCGUCCACCUUCCCCAAGAGGCGACGUGUCCGCUUCAGCCUCGCCGACGCCGUACAGGACGCAGUCAUUCGCCAUGACGACAGAGAAGUGUUGCGGCUCUUGAAGGAAGGAGCAGAUCUCAACGCUCCCACUUCCUCUGGGGGAUCCCUGCUACACCUGUGUGCUCGCCAUGGCAACGUGUUUGCUGCGGAACUUCUGAUUGAGCGUGGCCUGAACGUCGACCUGCAGGACGAAGACCUGUGGACCGCCCUGCAUGUAGCGUGUGUGUGUGACCAUGCAGACGUGGUGCUGCUGCUGCUGCUGACGGGGGCUAAUGUUCUGCUGCAGGACGUCAACGGAAACCUUCCUCUGGACUACGCCUCCGAAGGAACCGAGACCGGCUUUAUUCUCCGAAAACACCUGGAGGAAAAAGGGGUGGACGUGUCAUCUGGGCACACAAUGAAGAUGCAGAGCGCCAGCACCAUGCUCGCUGAUGUCAGACAGCUGGUGGCCACCGGGGGAGGCCUCAACUUGCCCAACGACGACGGCGUCACGCUGCUGCACAUAGCAUGUGCCAGCGGUUAUACAGAGGUGGUGUCUGUGUUGUUGGAGAGUGGAGCUGACCCUCAUCCAGCCGACAACCAUUUCUGGACCCCUCUCCACCUGGCUGCUAAAUAUGGACAGACGAGCAUCGUUAGUCAGCUCCUGAGGCACAGAGCGAACCCGACUCUGUUGAACUGCAGCCAAGACAAGCCCUCAGACAUUUCCACAUGUGAGCCCAUUGCUGAAAUGCUGCAGAAUGCAGAGGAGAGCUGGCUGCAAAGACUAAAGGACCCCUCCACUCCUUUACCUUCCACUGACCAACGCUAUGAUGGUGGUUCUCACGACCUUAACACUCCUGUCAAGAACUUGAACCCCUUGGGUCUCUCUAUCUCUAAGCGGGACUGUCUUCUGGAGAGGUGCGCCAUGUUCAGAGAGGCCAGCGGAGCGCUGAGCCGACAGCCCUCACAGGACAACGGCCUGGACGGCCCCCUGAGCUCUGGAGCCAGCAAACUGGAGCAGGUCAAGCUGAUGCCUCCUGCUCCCAAUGACGACCUGUCGUCCCUCAGUGAGCUGACCGACAGCAGCCUGCUCUACGAGAUGCAGAAGCGAUUUGGAAAUGACCAAAUCUACACUUACAUUGGACACAUCCUCCUGCUGGUCAAUCCAAACAAAGAGCUCCCCAUCUACUCCACUUUGGUGAGUCAGUUGUACCUGAGCUCCACGGGGCGUCUGUGCUCCUCCCUGCCUCCUCACAUCUUCUCCUCAGCAGAGAGGGCUUACCACAUGAUGCUGCAGGAAGGACGCCCGCAGUGUUUCAUUUUGAGUGGUGAAAGUGGUUCUGGGAAAACGGAGGCCUGUAAGCACAUAGUGAGACACCUGGCAGCCCGCUCCAGCCCCAAAGGCUUUGUGCUGGAGCCCAGAAUGAAGCACGUUAACUGCAUUCUGGAGGCCUUCGGUCAUGCAAAGACUCUAAGGAACAACAACUCCAGCCGCUUUAUCAAGUUGUUGACCAUCCAAUACUGCGACAAGAGGAAAACCCUGCUCAGAGCCCGUGUGAACACCCACAUGCUGGAGAAGUCUCGCCUGGUCCACCUGCCUCCUCACCAACACAGCUUCAACAUCUUUUAUUUGAUGGCUGAAGGCCUUUCGCCUGAGGAGAACAGCGCACUUUACCUCAACAAUGUCCUGGCCCAUAGGUACCUGAGUGGAGGGCUUCUAGGGGAGAACCCUCCCAUGGUGACACCCUCAGCCCACAGUAGGGAACGCCUCGCAGCAGUAAAACAAGCCCUGCGAGCCCUGGGCUUUAACAAACAGGAGGUUGACUCUGUGUUUAUGCUGCUAUCUGCUGUGCUCCAUAUUGGGGACCUACGUUUUACUGCACUGCCGGAUGCCAAUACAGCCUUCCCUUCUGACCUCCAGUUGCUGGAGAGAGUUGCCGGAUUGUUGCAGGUGGGCUCCAGCGACUUAAGUACCGCCCUCACCUCUGACGUUCAGUACUUCAAAGGUGACGUAAUCACUAGGGGUCACACAGUGGAGAUGUCGGAGCAGUACAGAGACCAGCUGGCAAAGGCGAUCUAUGGACGCCUCUUCAGCUAUCUGGUCAACAGUAUCAACGACUACCUACAUGGACAAGAUGACAGCAUCAGUGACCCUGCUAUGGAAAUUGGGAUCUUGGACAUAUUUGGGUUUGAAGAAGUUCAGAGGAACGGAUUUGAACAGCUGUGCAUGAACAUGACCAACGAGCGGCUGAGGCAGUACGUCUCUGAGGUGCUAUUCCAGCAGGAGCUGUCUGAGUGUCUGCAGGAGGGCAUUGCCAUGGAGACCCCUCGCUCCCCCGGCAACCAGACAUCCGUCCUGGCCUUCUUCCUUCAGAAGCCCCAGGGACUGCUGUGCGUGUUGGACGAGGAGAGCCAGAGCCUGCGGCCGGCAGAGCAGAAUCUGUACAAGAGACUUUCAAAUCAGCUGGACUCCAAUCCGACUCACGGUCUUUCUCUCACAACUAAGGAUGGCAACGGAAACCCGCCGCCCAAAGACCAGGGUCCAGCAUUCACUGUCAGCCACUAUGCGGGACAGAUAUGCUAUGAUCUCACGGGAUCCCUCGCUAGAAACAAGGACUCUCUUCCUCAGAACAUCCUGUUCACGAUGAAGUCCAGUGAGAGCGUGUUACUGCAGCAGCUCUUCCAGUCCAAGCCGACUCAGACCGGUUCUCUGGUGCCAGCAGCCCAUGGCCGUGUCGGGUUGAGGGGCCCCAAAGCUGCCCUGUUGCUCCACAGGAGGCCAUCAGCUUCCCUGGUCACUGCCAACAUUGUGGCACAACAGUCCCAGAGAUGCUAUGACUAUACCAAGAUCUUGAAAAAGAGAGGCUCAAGCUCCUUCCUCCAACGGCUUGAGCGCUGCGGGCCCAUCACAGUGGCUGUCCAGCUGAGGAACUCUCUGUCGGAGGUGAUCAGUAAGCUGCAGGCCUGCACGCCUCACUUUGUGGAGUGUGUGCGCCCUGACGCCAGCGCUCAGCCCGACAGCUUUGACAGCUUCCAUGUGUCUGCCCAGCUGCAGUACAUCGGGGUUCUCGAGAUGGUGCGCAUGAUCCGCUAUGGAUACCCUGUCCGCCUGUCCUUCCCAGGCUUCCUCAGCAGGUAUAAAGACCUUGUUGUCCCAACUUUGGUAGACCAGAAGAAAUUGUCACCAGAGGAGAGAUGUCGCUCAGUUCUGCAGCAGUCCAAACUCCAAGGAUGGCAGAUGGGCAGCAGCAAGGUCUUUCUGAGAUAUUGGCAGGCGGAACAGCUCAACGACCGCUGCUACCGGUUUCAUAAAAAGAUCAUCACCUGCCAGAAAGUGGCGCGUGGUUGGCUGGUCCGGCGGCGCGUUCGCCAUCGGCUAUUGUUACAGCAGAAAGACGAGUGCAGUGUUCAGCGUUUCCUGCAGGGGGCAGAAAACAUGGGGCUGCGAACCUACGACCACUUGGUCAUCCAGAACGCAUCCGACAUCGCACGAGAGAGCGACCGCCUACGCUGCCACGGCAACGGCUUUCUCAACGCCCUAGGCAAUAGCCCACCGCUCGGCGAGCGGCCCGAGCCGGUGGGCAAGGAGGAGGAUCAGCCUGUCAGAAGGGUUGUGGAUAAAAGCGUGAAAGUCUAUGACGGUCCUGUCAAUGGGGGCAGUCGAGUUAUUCGCCACUUUCGGUCCAGCUCCGUCCCCAUCCCCCUCGCCAUGGAGAGCUUGGUCCAUUCCUCUGCCGGUCCAUCCAUCAAACCAGCCCUGCAGCAGGCUGCUCAUACCAAUGAGGACACGGCAGGCGGGGGAGGUCUUUCCUCUCCCCGGAAGCAACCUCCGCCCAAACCAAAGAGGGACCCCAACACUCGUCUGAGUGCAUCUUAUGAAGCAGUCAGCGCAGGGUUGACGAUGGCAGCCAAAGAGUGCCCCACUCCUGAAGGGUUUGGUUCGCCAGCCGGAAGCCCCCAUAAAUCCCAGCUGUCCCCCACAGACCCCGCAGCCUUGUGCAAACCCCGUCCCCACAGUGAUGACUACACAACCAUGAGGAAGGUGCCGCCUCCGAAACCAAAGCGCAGUCCCAACACCAAGCUUUCGGGCUCCUACGAGGAGAUUAACGCUGUAUCCCCCCACAUCCACCAGCUGCGUCCUACCGACAUAAAGCUAGCCUUGCUGUCCCGCGCCGGGGGAUUCGGAGGGUUCGGAGGGUUCGGCGGUUUGCUGCAGAAAGCGGCCUCUGUGGACGCCCCACAGGGAUUAGGCCUGAGUCUUUACCAGAGCCGAGAUGAAGAGGACGUGUACAUAGAGAUGGUGGGCGCCCAGCCGCGGGCUCGAAGUCUCCAGGAGCCACCCGACAGUCCAGAGCCGGCCGACUCAGAGGCCGUUUACGAGGAGAUGAAAUAUCAUCCUCACGAGGAUGGUGCAAAGCCGGCCACUGUGGUUAGCAAGGCCGCCAAGUUGGAGGCACUCGGCUUGAGCCUGGCUGGAUUGGGGCCCUCUCUUUCUCACACGGACAGCAAACGGAUGGCAGCUGGGACAACCGCCGCCGCCGACGUUUCUCACCCCCAGAGCGCCGCAGUUCUCAAAACUCAUGGCAAAGACGGCAACUGUGACAUCCCCGCUCCCUUCCCCAACUUGCUUCCCCACCGUCCCCCUCUGCUGGUGUUUCCCCCGUCUCCCGUCACCUGCUCCCCUGCGUCAGAUGAGUCACCCCUGACCCCACUAGAGGUCAAGAAGCUGCCUGUGUUUGAGACCAACCUGAACUACGCUACUGGCCCAGACAGCCCCCUCUCCCCACAGUUUUCCCGCCAGAGAGCGGACUCCUCCCCUAGCCUCACCGUCCUCAUGCCGGAGAAAAGGUCCACACCUCCUCUCACCCCUCCACCUCCACCACCUGCUCCAAAUGCUGCUCCUCCUCCCUACAGACCUCCUUCCUACUUCCCCUUCCCGCCUGAGGCUAACUUCCUUUCUCUGACCAGAGCAGCGUCUGUCACAGGCAGCUCGGAGACCCCCAAAAUCUCCUCCUCUAAUAGGGCAGGUGGGGAACCCCUUGGCAAGCCACCUCCCUACUCCCCCGUGAAGAUGUCACGCCCUGAGCCCCGGCGAGCGCACUCGUGCUCCUCCUCUCCCCUGCUGUUCAACCCAGCCAAUGGCCGACCCCUGACCAGCCCGCUGGACGAGCUCAACACUCUGUUCAGCUCUGGACGCAGCUUAUUGAGGAAGUCCACCCCAGGGCGCAAGCUGCGAGAUGGAGGAUUCAAUUCGAAUAUAAAUCUGCCAGGGAGGGAAGAUUAUGGCUCGGCCCCCACCUCGCCAUCUCUGCAGCUUCAGGACAAGAACGCUAACAACCACACGCAUCCUCACUGCCCAAGCCCCGCCCCCAUAGAGAACGGCAACCAGAUCUCCAACGGGUCACGAGAGGAUGAGAGUCACAGCAAGUCCAACACUUCCAGCGCCACUUCUCUGCACAGACACAUGGACAGCCAUCAUACUCAGGUGUUCCAGCGCCUGCGUCUGUCCAACAGGGACGGAAGUGUCACCCUCAGGGAGCUUCUGCGAUGGCGGCGAGUGCAGUGUGAGGGGCGGGCUGACUGGAGGCACAGUCCUUCCCAAUCCCCGCCCCCGCCCCCCACGCUGCUUUGGACCAAUAGGAAGGCCUCUCCAUGACCGAGUUUGGGAGAUGCACUCUUAUGUGUUGGCCCUGCUUUUCUUUUUUACGUGGACCAUCUAACCUCAAUGCUCAGCCCCAAAGCAUGAGCCUUGUCCCUGGGCCGAAGCGCCUGCCUCGGCACCUCUAGACCUCGACUGUGGAGGACACAAGUUCAGCCCUCUGUAGCACUGACAAAAAAACAAACAUGUGAACUUCCGACAGUCAUUUAGAUGAUUCUUUUUCAGUUCUUCUGAGAAGUAUGAUGUCUAGGCUGAAUUAAAGAUCAGACCAGCAGUGUUUUAAUAGUAGUCAGAUGUUAAAGGGUCCUUUUUAGUCUGUGUAUGUUGUUCUGCUGCAGACAAAGGAGUUCGACCCUAUGGUGCUGAUUAUGCCGUCCUGUGAGGUUCCCAUGAAUGCGUGUGUGUGUGUGCGCGCCCCAGAGGCUCAGAAGUUUACAUGUCAACAGACGCCUUCGUACACCUCCAGUUUUUAGCAUCAGUGGACUGGCUCAGAUAUGGGACCUUUUUCAGGGACAGUCCUCAAUUAGCUUCUGGUGUUUGGGCUCCAAGUGCCACUGCGGCCCCGGCAUCGAGCAAACAUAGGUCAGCGUGACCUCAGUUAUAUCCCAUGGUGCACUUCUCUACUUCUCUUUCCCAUUGUUAAGACCAGCCUUUUGAGGAACAAAAACCUCCAGCUUAAAUGCCACCUACUGCGCUAACCUUUACUAGGAAACAGAGCCAAAAACAAUCCCGCUUUGGUUUAAGGUUUGAAGGUAAAGGCAAAGUUACAAAGCUUUAGCUGGAAGGUAUACAGUUUAUGUUGUGAACAAAAACUGUGCCAAAGUGACACAACUUGUGAAAGAUAGUAUAGUUAUAAGAUCAAAUAUAUACACACACGUAGUCCUCAUAUGUUGAAAUGUACAGACUGACUUUAAAUGACCAAAUAGCUGUUACUGCGACUAGAUCGGUCAGAAGGAAGAAAAAAAAAAGGAGCGAUGUUGUUCAGCAGGUUGUGCAGAGCUCAGGAACUCGCGCACGGACAAACUCGACUAUUGUAUAGAUUCCUCCAGUGGGGCUCACCUUCCACGUCCUCCCUUCAUCUGCUUUCCCUCCCUUAACCCAAACUAGCAGACCCCUUCCCCCACUUGGUCUUUGACCCUCCCCUCCGCCCUUCUCAAUGGAUGAAACCUGCUUUACUGGUGUUUCCAUGGUAACUGCUUUGUAAAUAGUGACCAGUGUUGUAUGUUCUAGCUUUCACUAUAAUGGAAAAGCACAGAGAAUUAAAAGGCGAGGAAGAGGUAAGAUAAUACUGUCUAUGAUGGUGAAACUAAGAUUCCAGAAUGUCUUGGGUUAGAUGCAAUGACUAAGGUAAAGAGAAGUUUAUUUUAGGAUGGAAUACCUUUUUUUUCUCAGAAUGAUUGUCUAUGGCUAUGAAAUUCUUUAUUCUCUUCAUUUUUAGUUGUUUUGUUGUGGUUCCGUUUCUAUGUGCAAUGCAGAUGUUUCCAUUCAAUAUGGAUGUUUUAUUGCACAAUGUUUAUGUGGUUUCUUGUUGACUUCUCAAUGGGUUGGG